UCAAAAUUUUCGUCCCUUGCUGGCAUCUAGACCGGCCGGGCCGCCGCAUCUGCACGCACGCCGCCGAGUUGAGGGUAUAUAUGCUAGCUAGGGUUUUCCGACCCAUCGAUAAUAUCAAAUUUGACCCAACACACAGAUUCCGGCCCUCCUUCUUCGCCCGUUCUGUCGCGGCAUCCCAGUACCGGCGGCGCCAUCACCGUAUGGUUGCAAUGCAAAGCCGCGCGUCGUCACAUAUCCGCGAUCCACGAAUCCCCCCGCGCCUCCGUCUCCAACGCCACCCCAUCCGCUGAGUGACUCGAGAGGAGGUCAUCUCUAGCGAGGAGGCAACCCGAGCACACCGGAGAUGACCGCGCAAGGCCUGGCGAGAGGUUGCGACCUGCAUGGCGCCCUAGCUCUCCACCCUGGCCGAGCCCUUUGCCUACGCCUUCGUAGGCCCAAACGCCAAUUGCAAUCCUGUGCCGCCACUACUCUGAGCUCGCCAAAAGGAACCUGACAAAGAAAAGGCUUAUCAUUGAGGUGUGUCUCUUGAGUGCUACUUGCUGACUACAUAUACUAAUCCCAAACAGAAUGGUGUCUGUUGGAGGUUCAUCAUCAGCUUCGAAGAAAACAAAUAUUAUUGAAGAGGAAGAAGAGAGAGCUGAUGCAGGGGGCCAACAUGGGGAAGAUAUUGAAGAGGAUGAAGAGAGCAUACUUUUUAAUGCAGAGGUGCACACAUCUGAACCUUCACGUCACCCACGGAGAAAGAGGACAAUCACACAAUGGCCAGGGGACACGAUAGAUGUCACAGAGCUCACUCCGGAUGGGAUGCCCAUUGAGAGGAAGGCCCACUUAAGAAUGAGGAAGCUUGCUGGUCUGAUUGCUAGGCAAAGGAUAUCAUUGGUCCUGCCUUCAUUUUCUGACCUAAGUGAAGAGGACAAGAAGCUAUUGUUUGAUGAGUGUGUCCAUCCCUUUUUGGUGUUUUCUGAUGAGUUGAAGGUUAUUGCAUAUAAGAACAUGAUGCAGAUGAUAGCCAAAAGUUGGAGAACACACAAAAGUGAUCUAGUACGUACAUUCAUCAGGAAAGGGUUGGAUGCAAGGGUGAAGCACCCAUACAUUCCCCUUCAAGAUUGGCAAGAUUUUGUGACACUUCAGGAGAGCGAAAAUGCAAAGGCAAGAAGUGAAAAAUACAAGAAGCUCCGGGAGAGGCACGUGCAUGUACACCACCUAGGUACAGGAGGGUAUGCUGGGAUGGCCCAAAAGUGGGAGCAAGAGGACAGGGAGUUAGCUAGCGCUGGCAUCACUAAUCCUUGGGACACAUUUCCUCUGGGUCGCUCUAGGAAUUGGCUGCGAGCAAGAAGUAAAUUGGUUAAGUCAGAAGGUACUGUUGAGAUUCAUUGGUUGUCAGAGAGUGCUGAAAGUCUCUCACAUCAAAUUCUAGAGAAGCAAGCAGCCCUUGAGUCUUCAGGGGUUACUUCGGUCAGGGAAAGAGAUGUGCUCACUGAGGUUUUGGGCCGACCAGAACAGACAAGGCGCGUGCGUGGUGUCUCUAGUUACAGCGGCUGGAAGUAUUGGCCGGAUUGCACCAGCAUGUAUAGAAAGAGGAAGCAUGUGGAUGUGGAAGCCAUUAAAGAAGAAGUUAGAAGCCAAGUGACACAAGAAGUUACCGAGAAGGUCACACAAGAUGUUACUGAGAAGGUCACUAAUGAUAUCAUGACCAAGCUACUUGAACGUGGAAUUGAUUUGAGGUCGCCUUCCAACCCCACUUCAAUGUUCAGUUUGAAGAGCAGUUGUGCCUCGGCCUCAGGUGCACUCUGCAAUGUACAGUUGGACCUUCUUAUAGAGCCAACGUUGUGUACACUGGUAAUCAACCCUGGAGGUUACCAGGUAGUGGUAGCAAGGGGUCGGGUAUUUCCACAGCAAAAACAGCUUUAUUCGGUUCCAGUACAGGAUGGAUAUGCUAUUGUACUUAUUGAUUUUGUAUAUCCUGAACAUGAGGGCUAUGUGCUGAGUCCGCCUAUAAGUAGAGAUGAGGUUAGAACUCUUGGAGAGGCUUUAUUCAUAAGGGUCCAGUGGAGUAGGACUUGCAUUCAGGUAUCACCAAAGGCCUCUUCUCCAAAUCCAUUAAGAUCUCCACUUUCUGGGUCAGCCAAAAUCAAUUUGAAGGACCUUGUGGUACCUCAUCAUGUUUCAUCCUCACCAGUUGGUAAAGCGAAUAGUGCCUCCAAGGCGAUUGUGGCACCCAAGAAUCCAACUAAGUCGACGCAUGCUGCAUCUGAACAUCAGCGAUCAGCCAAGAGUGACACCUUUGGCCAGCAGGUGGGUGUCAAGCAGCAUAAGCAGCUGGCAGAACGCGCCAAAUCAUUGAAUAGUGCCCCCACGCCGUCUAUAUGGGUACAGGCUAACCCCAAGUUCCAAUUUGGACAGCCACUGCUAUCAGCACCAGAAGUUCAGAAGGCAGGACCUGGGUGUGUUGCUCUUAAUGCCCACUACAUGAAAGCAGUUGCAGAGAAUGGAAACACUGGUAUAGUUGGCAUGUUCAAGCACGAGCAUUUCUUACGUGAAUUAGAAUUAGAGCCGUUGCCUGUGGGAUAUGAAGACUUGUUUGACCUCUUCACACUUGGUGCAAUGGAUAUGGCCCUUCUUCGCUGCUUGACACUAUCCCUCAUUGUAGAAGCUAGGGACAAAAGAUUGCCGGUUGGCCUUCUUGAUCCAGAUCCAUUGUCCAUAGAAACCCUUACGACUGAUAGAGAUUAUAGUGUGCGGUAUCUAGAAAAAGGCCUAAGGAAACAUGCCAACAAAGACUAUGUAAUGUUUGCGCAUAACUGUGGUGGGCACUGGAUUGCUGUCGUCAUCAUUUCCAAGUGGGGGAAGGUGCUGUACCUCGACUCCAUUAGAGGCAGCAAGAAAGAUUUAAGUGGGUUGAAAUCUUUGAUAGAUGAGUGAGUAUUUUGUAAUGAAUACGUAUGAUUGACCUGUAUAUAUAUUUCUUAAUUAUG